CAACCCUCACCUCUUUUCUAGAUCAAUGGAUAGACAGACACACAGAGAUCUCCCUUCAAUGUGUGUGUGUGUGUGGGGGGGGGCACCUGCGGAAAAUAUGUAGAAGUUUAUUGUUAAAAAUUGUUUUAAAAUUUAGAUGAAUAUUUUAGUUUCACAUUUUAUUGGAGUAGAAACUUCACUUUGAGAAAAACAACAGGAUUGCUCUCUUUCCCCUCAAAACUCGAAUCCAGAAGAUCAGCUUCCCAGUUUUGAGAAAAGGUGAAGCUCUCCCUGCUGGACCUCAGCCUGCCUCAAUGCCUGCAGCCAGCCUCCUGCCCAGGAAGAGAAGACAAAGAGCUUGCAGAGGACCCAGGCCUGGAGCCAGAGGGGUGGCCCCUGGGAGCCCCGGCCCCCCGGCCCAGGUCUUGGUGACGUUCCAGGAUGUGGCUGUGGACUUCACCCAGGAGGAGUGGCGCCUCUUGGACCCUGGUCAGAAGGAGCUGUACAAGGAGGUGAUGCUGGAGAAUGCCCAGAACGUGUUCUCCCUGGGUCUUCCCGUUCCCAGAGAAGAUUGGAUCUCCCAUUUUGACCAAGGGGGAGCUCCAUGGAUGCUGGAGGGAGAAGGCCCAAGCAACUCCCAUCUGGAUGAAGAGGGGCGCCUUCAAGUAGGAAAGACUCAUGCAAAACUCAGGGAAGAGUUACAACAGCCAAGAUUCAUGAAUGAUGGUCAGUGUGAUUUGAGUCUGAGACAAAUCUGUGUCUCUGAUUUCAAGAUACAAAAAACACAAAAGGUUCACCAUGAAUUUGAUAAAAAUGGAAAGAGUAUCAGUCAAUAUUCCAUUUUAAUUCAGCGUAAGAAAAUUAUCUCAGGCAAUGACUCUUCUCAGGAUGGUAAAUAUAGGGAAUGGUUUACUGAACAAGUGGAGUUUGUUGAGUCUCAUGAGAAGUCUCCAGUGCUACAAACCUAUCAAUGUAAUAACUGUGAAAUGACUUUCAAUUUAAAAUCAGAACUAAUUACACAUCAGAAAAGUCAUGCUGGAGAAAUGCUUUAUACCCAUAAUGUAGUUGAGGAGACCUUCAGUCAUAGCUCAGAGCUCAAUGACAACCAGAAAAUUCAAAAUGGAAAGAAACAUUAUGAAUGUAAUGACUGUGGUAUAGCCUUUAAGAAACAGAAAUUUCAUAUCAGCACAAAGCUGCAUAAAUGUAUGCAAUGUGGGCAAGCCUUCAGGAGACAGUCAUCCCUUCGUUCCCUUCAGAAUAUUCAUGCUAGAGAGAUAUCUAAUGAGCAUCUUGAAUGUAGUAAAACUUUCAGUGAAAAGUCAGCCCUUAUUGUAUGUGAAAGAAGUCAUACUGUAGAGAAACCUCAUGAAUGUAAACAAUGUGGAAAGACUUUUAAAUGGAAAUCUCAUCUUGUUGGACAUCAGAGAAUCCACUUUGGAGAAAAACCUUAUGAAUGUAAACAAUGUGGAAAGACUUUGUCACAGAGGAGUGAUCUUGAUAUUCAUAAGAGAAUGCACUCUGGAGAGAAACCCUAUGAAUGUAAUCAAUGUGGAAAGACUUUCAGAAGAAGCUCCCAUCUUGCUGGACAUCAGAUAAUCCACACUGGAGAGAAACCCUAUGAAUGUGAUAACUGUGGCAAACCAUUUAGCAACCAUUCUUCUCUUGUUGUUCAUCAGAGAAUCCACACUGGAGAAAAACCUUAUGAAUGUAAAGAAUGUGGAAAGGCUUUCAUAAGGAGGGGCCAACUUGUUAUACAUCAGAGAACCCACACUGGAGAGAAACCCUAUGAAUGUGAUAACUGUGGCAGACCAUUUAACAACUAUGCUAAUCUUGUUGUUCAUCAGAGAAUCCACACUGGAGAAAAACCUUAUGAAUGUGAUGACUGUGGCAAACCAUUUAGCAACCAUUCUUCUCUUGUUGUUCAUCAGAGAAUCCACACUGGAGAAAAACCUUAUGAAUGUAAACAAUGUGGAAAGGCUUUCAUACAGAGGGGCCAACUUGUUAUACAUCAGAGAAUCCACACUGGAGAGAAACCCUAUGAAUGUGAUGACUGUGGCAAACCAUUUAGCCACCAUUCUUAUCUUGUUGUUCAUCAGAGAAUCCACACUGGAGAAAAACCUUAUGAAUGUAAACAAUGUGGAAAGGCUUUCAAACGGAGGGGCCAUCUUGUUAUGCAUCAGAGAAUCCACACUGGAGAGAAACCCUAUGAAUGUGAUGACUGUGGCAAACCAUUUAAAAACCAUUCUCAUCUUAUUGUUCAUCAGAGAAUCCACACUGGAGAAAAACCUUAUGAAUGUAAACAUUGUGGAAAGGCUUUCACAUGGAGGCAUCAACUUGUUACACAUCAGAGAAUCCACACUGGAGAGAAACCUUAUGAAUGUAAACAGUGUGGUAAAUUUUUCACACAGAAGUAUAAUCUUGCUAGGCAUCAGAGCAUGCACACUGGUGAGAAAUCUGAUGAAUAUAAAUAAUGUGACAAGACUUGCAGUGAACCAUUCAUGACUUCAUGGAAUAGAGUUCCUCUUCCCAGGUGUUUGUGACAUACCAUUCCUGCUGAGUACGCCAAAACAUAGUAAUCUCAGUUCAAGGCUGCAUGAACAGUUCCAAGAUCUCCUGGGAACAGGUUAACUCCUCUGUUCACGUUCUGGGGAGGAUUGAGGUGGAUAGAUUGUGUCUCUCGAGAAGAGCUUUAAAUCUUGUGUGCUGCUUACAAUAAAUGUUCAUUAUCCCUCUUUGAUAAUG